AUGUCUUUACCAGCACUAGAUGAAAGUCACUCAGCCCCCCCUGGUCCGAUAGCUUUCAGCCAAGAACAAAUCAGAUGCCUUGAGGAAGCAGAUAUCUUUCUACCUCAAAUAACCACAGAUUUGUCGACAAAUAAAGGUGGCAAGAGAAAGGUUUCUGCGGCAUUCAGUGCACCCCGUGCUGUCUCCAGUUCAUCAACUUCUUCAGUUUCAUCUUCCGUAUCCAUCAGCACGCGUGGAUUCCAACCUGAUGUCAUACAAACUUUUGAUAUCCCAAUAGCCGAAGAAAGCAUUGAAGUGCUAGAAUAUAUUGGCUUCAUCCCAGAUAUUGCUAGAGUGAUCUAUGACCGAUAUUCUAAUCGCCCAAAGCCAAGCCAAACCCCAGACGACCUUAUGGCGUAUGUCUCCGGUCACCUCGUCUCACUCAACUUGCCACAGUUCGAUAAUAUAGAACCUAAAACAGCACUCUCUCGUGUCGGUCUUACUCGUCAAAUUCAAGAUGCGAUUACGGACCCACGAUUUUCACACAUCUCCGGUACUGAAACCCUGCUUCACUGGGCCAUUGAUACUGUUGAAACAAACUAUGCCGCUCUUCGUGGUCAACAGCAACUACUUCAAAGUCAUGCCAAUCAGCGCAUAGCUCACAACAAAGAGCACAAACGACCUAAGCAUGAGCCUCAGCAAUCCGUGACUGCAACGAUAAAUGUGACACCGAAAGAUUUCAACCUCCCUGAGUCGUACGUCACUAUACAGACAGAUAUAGAAAUUCUCGAGAACCAUAUAUCCCUUUUCAAGGGAAAGUCAUACCUUGAAUUGAACCAAACGGUUGACAUAAUUGGAAGUGAUGGGACAGUCAAUUUGAGUGCACUUAGAACACACCCCAGCGGAGAUUUUAACUGGUGGUCUAAUGCUUACUACUGGACACCUGAAAAGGAAACGGCAGAAGAGUACCGCCUAUUUGCAGCAAGGAGAAGUCCCACAGCCAAUACUUGCAUUGUUCACAUUCAGAUUCCGCAGUCAUUUGUGAGUAGUCUGCGCUUGGAAAAUCUGUGGUAUUCGCCCAACUGGAAAGAUUACAUAUGGACAUGCAGGAAAGGAAUAAUGCCUGACCCAAAAUUCGACUAUCUGUGGAAACCUGGGCGCGCCGAUAUUGUUCGCGGCCCUAUUUCUACCAGCAGUAAAGAAAUAAUCCGUAUCCGCCGAGAAGACGUCCAAAGUUCUAUCAAUGAGGACCAUGUGAUGUGUCUGCCAUCUGGGAGAAAAGCGUGUCAGUGGGUAUUUGUCCAACAUGACACGAUCAAUCUGUUAGCAGAACAAAUUCGAGGAAAGAUGCACUUCAUCAUUUUUGAAGCUGUGGCGCGUUUCCCUGUGUGA